CCUUUCCUCCUCCCGCGCAGUUUCGAAGAAAGAAACCCUCUCCUCACUCGUCCUCUUCCCUGCUUCCCUCCCCUUUAUUUUCUGCAGAUUCCCAACAGAACUCAGCUGGCAUCAAUGACCUCUCCUUCCUCGAAUCCGUGGUUCUCCCUCUAUUUAAAACCCCACCACCCAUCCCCUUCGCUCGGCAACCCUAAAUGGCCCGCAGAAAUACGCUUCAGUUCGAGGAUUUCAUCCCCAGGAUGGCCGAGAAGCUGGGAGGACAGGGGCUGAUGGCCGAGCUCUGUAAUGGAUUCCGGCUUCUAAUGGAUCCGGGGAGGGGUCUGAUCACAUUUGAGAGUCUGAAGCGGAACGCGGCGCUGCUCGGGCUGGGCGGGAUGAGCGACGACGAGUUGAAAUGUAUGGUGAGGGAGGGAGAUCUGGAUGGAGACGGCGGGCUCAACGAGAUGGAGUUCUGCGUGCUCAUGGUGCGGUUGAGCCCGGAGCUUAUGGAGAAGUCAUGGCGGUGAAUUGAUGAGGGCAUUUCAACAGGGUGUUAGCUCCUCUUCUCCUCUGUUUUAGUUUUGAAGAUAUUAAGUCGUAUGUUUAGUUGUGUUGUGGGAUAUGCAAUCCACACUAUUAUUUACAUGUUAUAGUUUCUUAUUUUGAUUAAAAUUUUGGAUGUAUUUAUGUAUGGAUUGGUGGACAUUUUGCUUGGUGACUCUGUGUCAAUAAGCAUGCUUUUAUUGCUGUAGGAGAAUGAGGGUAAUUGGUUGAGUAAUAAUUAGAUGCU